UCUGGAGGUGACUCCUCUGAGCCCACACUGGUGCUGAAUAAACCUCGCUUUGCCACAUUCCUGAGUGCCCUUUGUCUCCUUCUGCUGCCAUGUUUCUGCAGUUUCUGUAACAAUCUUAAUUGGGCGAUGCGAGGUGUGAGGCGAGAGGUGAGUUCUAAAGGUAGGCUCUCAGCUCUCUGUUGGACAGGCAACAAAGGAGGUCAUCUGGCAGGGACCCCUCCUAGGAUUAGUCUAGGGGUUGCCCCGCCCCCGUCCGGAAAGCAGGUCUCGCUGGAGCCGGAUCCCCAGCCGGGGUUCCCCCGCUUUAAAUCCGACUUUACAACCCACCUAGGAGGAGACAGACUACGUCCCCACUCGCCCUGAAGGCAGGAAGUGCGUCAGCCCCGGACUCCAGAGAACCCGCCUCUCCAGGCCAUCCGGGGCAUUUGGGCUCCCGGCGUGCAGCGGAGCUGGCUGCCCGGAAGGCGGAAGUUUAGGGACUUCCUGUCGGCGUGAGUGGCGUGUGGCGUCUAAGUUUCUGCGCUUUCUCAGGUAAAAUAUGGCUAAAAGUUUACGGAGUAAGUGGAAAAGGAAAAUGCGUGCUGAAAAGAGAAAAAAGAAUGCCCCAAAGGAGCUGAGCAGACUUAAAAAUAUUCUUAAAAUAGGUGGUGAUGUUUUAAUGAAAGAUGUUCAAGAAAUAGCAACCGUGGUGGAACCUAAACGUUGUCAAGAGAAAACCCAAUGUGUGGAGAAAGAUGAAACAGAUGACAUGAAAAUGGAAACUGAUAUUAAGAGAAACAAAAAGACUCUUUUAGACCAGCAUGGACAGUACCCCAUAUGGAUGAACCAGAGGCAAAGAAAAAGGCUGAAGGCAAAGCGAGAGAAAAAGAAGGGAAAAAGCAAAGCAAAAGCCUUGAAGGCAGCGAAGGGUUUGGCCUGGUAGACUUAAAAACAUGAAAAAUGCCACGUGGGACAGAUCUUUGAUUAGAAUGUAUACAUUGAUUUCAGCUUCCAUCAAAUGAAAACUGUUUCGUUUUUUAACUUGGCCUUUUUCUUCAGUUCAAACCCAACAUAACUCCUCAAGUUUGUUUUGGUAACUUGAAUAAAAUAUUUUCUUUGAUGAAUGAAGACUACACUGAUAUUUUAAUUGGAUGCCAUUCAGUAUGCAGGGAUUAUCAGACAUCAGAAUACUCUCAAGUAUGGAUGUGGUUGUAAUUCGGUCUUAGUAAAGAUAAAACAUGAUAUUAUACUGACAAAUUUGAACCGACUCAGAUUUAAAGUAAGUUAUUAUAUAUCAUUUGAAAGUAUGAAUGUCAGUGGAUCGUAUAAACAGUACUUGUUUGGAGUUUUGAGCUUUUAUAUUCAGAAUAAAAGAUGUUCUGUCUGGAUCUUAAAGAUCCGUUCUUUCAUAUAUCCUUAAGGUUUCCUGGUAGAGAAGACCAGAUUCUUCCAUUACAUUUUUUUAAAAAAUCUUCCAUUUUUAGAUAGAAUAAUAACAUGUACAAAUUAGUGUGCUCCAUCUUUUUAAGAGAUUAAGACAUCCUGAAAACUAGUUUAAUGUUUUUCAGUUUUUAUAUUAUGUAGCCUAAUAUAAGGCAGCACUUCUCAGAGUAUGGUUCUCAGAAUUGGCUCUUCUGGAUGCAUAGUGAGAAAACAUAACGUGGUCACAUCAAUUUGGGAAAUACUACAUAUUUGAAGACUCAAAAAAAUGUUUAGCUUGGUAUUAGUACAGGCAUAUCUCAGCGAUAACUGCAGGUUCAAUUUCAGACCACUGCAAUAAAAUGGGCCACACAAGUUUUUUGGUUUCCCAGCCUAGUGCAUAUAAAAAUUAUGUUGACAUCAUACUCUAGUCUAUUAAGUGUGCAAUGGCAUUGUAUCAUAAAAAAUGAUGUACAUACCUUACUUAAAAAAUAAUGCUGUCCAAAAAAAUAAUAAUGCUGUUGGAUAAAUAGCACUGAUAGACUUGUUUGACAUAGGGUUGCCACAAACCUUCAA